GACCGGCCCUGCGCUCCCGCCUGUCGCUGCUGGGGUCAUUAAUGUGUGUGCAGCUCUCAGAUCCGUGCAGCCGAACAUGCUUCUCGUUUAAGCGCGUUUUCCUGGGCGUGAUGCGGCUCUGUGCGGAUUUCUGAGUCGGAAAGAUGGAAAGGAGCGACGGGGACGAUGAGAGCUGCUCGUCCCAGCAGAACACGAUGUGGAAACAGCUCCAAGCCAAAGCCAAGCCGCUGCUCAGCCCCAAGGCAGGCGCCCGGGACCCGGACGACAAGAAGGAGCGGGGCGUGUGGAUGUUCAAGAAGAUGAAGAGGAAGAAAAACGUCGCCCUGGACCGGGUGAUCUCCUCGUCGCAGCCCGACCUGCUCUUCUCCUCACAGCUGGACGUGGAGGCGCAGGAAGCGGCUCAGCGCUGCGGCAAAGCGGCCGGGAGCGGCUCGGUUCUCGGUCGGGAGAAGAUGCUCUCGUCCGUUAAGCGCAGGUCAGCUGGCAUGGAUAAACCCACGGUGGCUCAGCUGGUGCAGUCCCACCACAAGAGCUCUUCACUGGGGUCCGCAUGCCUGGAGCGGCUGGCCGAGCCGCCGAGCGGCAGCGGUGGGGAGGAGGCUGCUGCAGCGGUGGAAACACAUCUGGAGAGAAAUCAGGAGCGCCCGGCAUUUGGUGCAUCGUGCUCCACGAGGGUCCCCGCUGAGCCGGAUGCCUCCAGCACAGGGAUGUACAGGCUGGAGAUUGAGCUGAAGAGAGGACAUGACCUGGCCAUCAGAGACAGAGGAGGCACCAGUGAUCCAUACGUCAAAUUCAAGCUGGGGGGUAAGGAGGUGUUCAGAAGUAAAACCAUCCACAAAAACCUGAACCCCGUGUGGGAUGAGAAGAUUACUCUAAUAGUUGAAAGUCUGAGUGAACCUCUGUAUGUAAAGGUGUUUGAUUAUGACUUCGGUCUUCAGGAUGACUUCAUGGGUUCCGCCUUCAUAUACCUGGAGUCGCUGGAGCAGCAAAGAACAAUACCUGUGACCCUGGAGCUGAAGGACCCUCAGCACCAGCAUCAGAACCUUGGUUCUCUGGAGUUGGCCAUCACUCUGACUCCGAAGAACAGCCCCAUCGAGGAACAGAGAGACACAACUACCAUGCUGCUGCGGAGGUCCUGGAAACGAUCCACCAAGCAGCAGUCGAUGCGUCUCUCCGAGGUGCAUCGGAAGGCUCAGCUCUGGAGAGGGAUUGUCAGCAUCGCGCUGAUCGAAGGCCGAAACCUCAUACCCAUGGACCCCAAUGGUCUGAGCGACCCAUACGUUAAGUUCAGGCUGGGGCCACAGAAGUACAAGAGCAAGACGGUGCCAAAGACCCUGAGUCCUCAGUGGAGGGAGCAGUUUGACCUGCAUCUUUAUGAGGAGACAGGAGGGGUGCUGGAGAUCACGGUGUGGGACAAAGACACUGGCAGGAGAGACGACUUCAUUGGACGCUGCCAGCUAGACCUCUCCACUCUGGUCAAAGAGAAGACCCAUCACUUGGAGCUGCCGCUGGAGGGUGCCCGAGGCUUUGUGGUUGUGCUGGUCACACUGACCGCCUCGGCUGCGGUCUCCAUCUCUGACCUGUCCGUCACACCGCUGGGUGACCCACUAGAGCGUCAGCAGAUCAACAAACGAUAUGGUGUGAGCAAGUCAUUCUUUAACUUAAAAGACGUGGGCAUCGUGCAGGUGAAGGUGCUGAGAGCAGAAGGACUCAUGGCAGCUGAUGUAACUGGUAAAAGUGAUCCGUUCUGUGUGCUGGAGCUGAAUAACGAUAGGCUGCAGACACACACUGUUUACAAGAACCUCAAUCCAGAGUGGAACAAAGUCUUCACCUUUAAUGUGAAAGACAUUCACUCUGUCCUGGAGGUGACGGUGUUUGAUGAAGACAGAGACAGAAGUGCAGACUUCCUGGGAAAAGUGGCCAUUCCGCUAUUAAAUGUCCAUAAUGGUGAGCAGAGGGCGUACCUCCUGAAGAACAAGGACCUGACAGGACCCACCAAAGGACACAUCUACCUGGAUAUCGAAGUCAUUUACAACACCGUAAAAGCUGCUUUGAAGACAAUUGUCCCUGCUGAGAGAAAAUACUUAGAGGAAGAACCAAAAGUCUCCAAGCAGUUGCUGCAGCAGAACUUUAACCGGGUGAAGCGGUGCAUCAUGGUCCUCUACAGCUACGUCACCUACAUCAACAGCUGCUUUGAGUGGGAGUCUGCACAGAGGAGCAUCAUCUCCUUUAUUCUGUUUGUACUGGUGGUGUGGAACUUCGAGCUCUACAUGCUGCCGCUGGCUUUGGUUCUGCUGCUGGUCUGGAACUAUGUCUUCUCAUCGAGCAGAGGAAUGACUGACAUGUCUAUGGAAGCCAUGUUUGAAUGGGAGGAUGAAGAGGAGGACAAAGAAGACAAGGACUCAGAGCCCAAAGGCUUCAUGGAUAAACUGUACGCCAUCCAGGACGUGUUCAUCAGCGUUCAGAGCGCCCUGGAUGAGGUGGCGUCAUUUGGAGAGAGGAUGAAGAACACCUUUAACUGGACAGUGCCUUUUCUCAGCUGGCUGGCGAUCACCGCCUUCUGUUUGGUCACUCUGCUUCUCUACCUCAUACCUCUACGGUACCUCGUGCUCGCAUGGGGUGUGAAUAAGUUCACCAAGAAGCUUCGAGAUCCCUACAUGAUCGACAACAAUGAGCUUCUUGACUUCCUGUCCAGAGUGCCGUCUGACGUCCAGGUGAUGCAGUAUCGUGAGCUGAAGAUGGAUCCCGGACAAAGCCCCAACAAACGCAGGCGAGCCAACCAGAGCUAGCUGUAAACAUUUACCUGUAAACUAUGUAAACUAUCUUACAUGCUGUAUUUCUUGUAUAUUUUGAAGAGUUACUUUAUUUUCUGUUGCUUUUUUGUGGACAGACUGAUUUAUUUUCUAAAACUUUCAAAGAAGGAAAGAGCAUGAUAUUUUUUAACUGUUUUAUUUCUUGUAUAAACUCAGACUACACUCAUUUUAGGAUAACGAGUGUGAUGAAUGUAACACGUGAUGUCUGCAUGUUGCAUGGAACUGGAGCAUCUCUAGGUCAAGGCUUUUAUUUACUUUCAACUAUUUUGUGCUUUUUCAACUGGAUGUGAUGUUUGUGUCUCACUAUUUUUAUAAACAAGGCUGCAUGGUAACUCUGUCGAUAUGGUGGCACAACGCGCACACACAGACACACACACACACAUAACUCUGCCUGCUAGAGUUACAUUCUGUUUCUUUAUAUUCUUUGUGGCUAAAAAAAGCAUCAGUUUGAUCAGAGGAACAAAUCAUAGAGACGAUCCACGUAUAAAUCAGACUUUAUAGGGGAAAUUUUACUUUUAUAGAAGUACAAAACCCUCCAGUUAUAGAGCUGUUCAUUUUACAGACUUUUACAAUAUCAGAACAGGAAAUUGUAAUUUGUUUGUUUAUAUUUUUCUUACCAGUUAAAAAUUGUGAAAACCAUUUUACCAUAAUACCACAUUUCUUUUAUUGGAUGAAUUAAAUAUUAGCAAAAUAUACAAUAAAAGCCCUUAAUUUAAUGCAUUUAGCAUUCAGAUGUUCAGACAGUUAACAUUUUUAGAGAAUAAACCAAAGAAAAUUGGCUCCAUUUAAAUCAGACCUGCACCAAGAAUCACAUUAGCUCCAAAUAUUUCUUUUUGUCUAUUCCCUUUACAUGUUGAUUAUUUUAUCUCUGUCAAAGUAGCUGUAUAUAUACACUCAACAAAAAUAUAAACGCAACACCUUUGUUUCUGCUUCGAUUUUCCAUGAGAUGGACUUAAAGAUCUAAAAUUCAUUCCAGAUACAC